GCGUCGGGCGCGUGGAGCCGAGGCGCUGGCGGCUGCCCCCGGGGAGGGAGGACUAUGAAGCUUCCGAACAUCCUGCUCACCGGUACACCAGGGGUUGGAAAAACUACACUAGGCAAAGAACUUGCAUCAAGAUCAGGACUGAAGUACAUUAAUGUGGGGGAUUUAGCUCAAGAAGGGCAGUUAUAUGAUGGCUACGACGAAGAAUACAAUUGUCCGAUUUUAGAUGAAGAUAGGGUCGUUGAUGAGCUAGAGAAUCAGAUGAGAGAAGGUGGCGUUAUUGUUGAUUACCAUGGCUGUGAUUUCUUUCCGGAACGCUGGUUUCAUAUAGUUUUUGUGCUGAGAACAGAUAACAGUAUACUGUACAAAAGACUUGAAACAAGGGGUUACAGUGAGAAGAAGCUACAAGACAACAUUCAGUGUGAGAUUUUCCAAGUUCUCUAUGAAGAAGCCAGAGCCUCCUACCGAGAAGAAAUUGUGCAUCAGCUGCCCAGUAAUGAACCAGAGCAGCUAGAGGAUAACAUCAACCAAAUCUCAAAAUGGAUUGAGCAGUGGGUCAAAGAUCAUAACUCCUGAAUUAGAGACUGGCGAGCUAGGCGUGGUUGGUGCACACCUUUAAUCCUAGAUCUUGGGAGGCAGAGGCUGGUCUACAUAGUGAGUUCUAGGCCAGCCAGGGUUGUGUAGUAAGACUCUAUCUCAAAAGAAAAAAAAAAGCCUGGCCACAGUAUAGCCACCCCGUUAAUAUCACUCAGUCCACCUAGCAGAAAUGCCCAGGGGUCAGCAGAAGAAAACUGUGUCGCAGCUCUAGGUGCUGCCUGGGUUUCUUUUUCUCCAUGAGAAAGCUCACCCACAAUCCCAAAUACUAAUAUAAAUUAUUUUAAGGACUGAACCUAAAAAUUGUCAUCAAAUUCAAUGGACAAUAAAUCUGAUGAUCCCUGGGGACAUAUCUUUUAAAUUUACUAAAAUGUAGGUGAUCUCUUAAAAUAAAAAUGGAAGACUAAAGAUACA